AAAAAAAAUGUCUUCAUUAGAACUUAAAGUUCCACCCGUACUAUUUACUUUCCUCUGCAUGCUAGCUAUGUAUUUAUUCAAUAUCAUGACUCGGAAUGCAUUCUCUCUCUGUUCGUCCGAUGAUAAUUCAUUCGUGAUGAGAUUGUUAUUAUUUGCUUCAUCAUUAAUGAUUGGCGCGGGAAUUGCAUUGGCGGGAAAAUAUGAAUUUUCCAAAAUGAAAACUACGGUCAAUCCAAUGACUCCUGAGAAAACUUCGAGUUUAGUUCAGGGUGGAGUCUAUCGUUGGACGAGAAAUCCAAUGUAUGUGGGAUUUUUGGCAUGUCUGUUUGGAUGGUCAUUGUUCUUGAUGGAUUGGAUGGUGAUGGUUGUGUUUCUUCCAUUCUUUGUGUGGUAUUUAAACAAGUUUCAGAUAGAACCAGAAGAACGAUUUUUACAGGAAUUGUUUGGACAGGAAUUUGUAAAUUACAAGAGAAAAGUCAAACGAUGGUUAUUCGUCUAAUCUUGUGGAACGUCCUAUCAAACACUAUACGAAUCAAUGCUCUUCCACUUAGCUCAAUAUUUUUGCUGUCAUCUUUUCAGAAAAAGCAAACACUAAUUAAUUAAUUAAAAAAAACUGUAAAUACUUUCAUC